GGAGGUACAUCGCCGGACGGAGUGUGUCAUUUACGCAAUGGCCAGAUUCUGCAGCGGGCGAUUCGAAAGGAAGUACGUAUGAUGAGCGAUGACGAAAGACGGCGAUUGUUUGAUGCGUUUCGACAACUUAAAGCAAGUGGUGAGUAUAAUCGUCUGGCCAGCAUACAUCGACAGGUACUCCUUUAUAUGCUGCAAAUCCGAAGCACGCAUUAA